AUGGGACUGAAUUUCAGUGGAACGAUUGAUCGUGCGCAACAUCCAGAAAAAUAUCCCGAAAAAGAAAAAGGUCCAACUUUUGAUCCGUUGUAUGGCUUUGCCGAUGGUCGAAAACCAAAACUUGCACCUUAUAGUGAAGAAGAAAUGCAAACAUUAAAUAUACCUCUUGAUAAACGUGAUUAUUGUGCACAUUAUUUUCGAGCUAUAAUGCUUUGUACACAACAAUAUUGGCCAUCUCAAUAUGGCUAUUGUGAACCGGAACGUCAUGCAUGGGAACAAUGUCAAAUUAAAAGUAAACUUGAUGAUGCUAAAGAAUAUGAACGGGAAUUACGUUUACGUCGACGACAAUUACGUAAAGAAGAAACAACGAAUCGUGCUUUAGCACAUCAAGAACUAUCUAAUAAUGAAGAAUAA